UUGAUGGUGGUCAAUGUAUCCUCCCAGAGUAAAAAUCUGGACAUUUGGAGGAGGCGGGGAAGGAAACUACAAUGCAGCCGUCGGCCAUUUCCGGCGGCUCUAAGUUGACCACCUUACUUUGGAGUCGAAUCUGUUUGGUUCAAUUUUACAACCAAGAAAGAAGACACAAUAAUGUAGCAACUUUGAUUCCGAUUCCCGUGAGGGAUUCCUGAGAGUUCGGAAUUGGUUAACUUUAUUAGGCUUGGCGGUGCGGGCUUGGUUCUCCGGAAUCUCAAAUCUGAAAACCAGAUGGAUUCUGGGCAGUCUCGUCUGAAGGAGCUUGGCUACAAGCAAGAGCUCAAGCGUGAUCUCUCGGUGUUUGCCAAUUUCGCAUUUUCGUUUUCGAUCAUAUCGGUGCUCACUGGCAUCACUACACUUUACGACACCGGGCUGAAUUUCGGGGGACCCGUUUCGUUGCUCUAUGGCUGGUUUGUGGCUGGUGCUUUCACCAUGUGCAUCGGGUUUUCGAUGGCUGAGAUUUGUUCUUCUUACCCAACUUCUGGGGGUCUCUACUAUUGGAGUGCUAUGCUUGCUGGACCCAAUUGGGCUCCUUUUGCCUCAUGGCUUACUGGAUGGUUUAACAUUGUUGGGCAGUGGGCAAUUACUGCGAGUAUAGAUUUCUCUCUCGCACAGCUGAUCAAGGUCAUUAUUCUCCUUAGCACGGGAGGAAAAAAUGGCGGUGGUUACGAGGCAUCAAAAUAUGUGGUUAUUGCUCUACACGGUGGAAUUUUGCUGCUACAUGCCAUCAUCAACAGUCUUCCCAUCUCAACAUUAUCCUUCUUUGGCCAGGUUGCUGCUGCAUGGAAUCUUGUAGGUGUUUGUGUUCUCAUGGUUCUUGUUCCUUUUGUUGCCACGGAGAGGGCUAGUGCCAAGUUUGUGUUCACUUACUUCAAUACUGAUAAUGGUGACGGAAUAAGUAGUAAAGUUUACAUUUUCGUUCUUGGGCUCCUAAUGAGUCAGUACACUCUUACUGGGUACGAUGCCUCUGCUCACAUGAGCGAGGAAACCAAAGGAGCAGAUAAAAAUGGUCCAAAAGGAAUUAUUAGUUCCAUCGGGAUAUCGAUUAUCUUUGGAUGGGGUUACCUACUUGGGAUCACCUUUGCAGUUGCCAACAUCCCGUUUCUCUUGGAUAAACACAACGAUGCCGGUGGCUACGCAAUUGCUGAAAUUUUUUACCUGGCAUUCAAGAACAGAUACGGCAGUGGGGCCGGGGGAAUUGUUUGCUUAGGUGUGGUUGCCGUUGCCAUCUUUUUCUGUGGGAUGGGUUCUGUGACUAGCAACUCAAGGAUGGCUUAUGCAUUCUCAAGAGAUGGAGCAAUGCCAUUGUCAAACCUAUGGCACUGUGUGAAUAAACAAGAGGUCCCAAUAAACGCAGUUUGGCUCUCCGCGCUCAUAUCAUUUUGCAUGGCUCUGACGUCGCUUGGAAGUCUAGUGGCAUUUCAGGCUAUGGUGUCCAUUGCGACGAUUGGACUGUACAUAGCAUAUGCUUUGCCAAUCUUUUUUAGGGUAACCCUAGCAAGGAAGUCCUUUCGUCCGGGACCAUUCAACCUGGGUCGCUAUGGAGUCCUAAUCGGUUGGGUUUCGGUCCUCUGGGUGGGUACGAUCUCAGUCCUCUUCUCAUUGCCCGUGGCCUACCCAAUCUCCGCUCAAACAGUCAACUACACUCCCGUUGCUGUCUGCGGGUUGCUCUUUCUCACUGUAUCUUCGUGGAUACUCUUCGCUCGCCACUGGUUCAGAGGUCCCAUAACCAAUGUAGAUACUUGAAAAAAACACUUAAUCCUCUGUAUUGAGUACUUUUACCUGAAUUCCUCCCUGAAUAUUUCCAGUUUUUUUUUUUUUUUUGAAUUGAAAGCCAACUGUGUAAUGAGUUCUGGAAAUAGAGUACUUGGAUUGUUGAUCAACAACAGGGUUAGGCUGCACAUUCAUAUUAUCAAAUUCACAUCUUUAUUUGCUACUCUUCUCUUUUGGGUCCCUAUCCUAAUGAAAUCUGAUAGCUGUU